GCUGCCGCACGCCGGGUCCCCGUUUUUCUCGCCGCGGGGCCGCAUUUCACGGGAUGCUCAGUGCCGUAUUCAUCCGAUCACUCGACCGGGUGAAACUCGCGAACGCCGUACGAGUUCACGAGACUCCGCCGCUUUCACGUGCUCGAUUCUGAGAGUCCGCCGCGUUUUUUUUUUUAUCCCACUCCAAGUGUUAGAGCUGAUGACGAUGUCUUCUUUUUAUGUAUCUUUCCUCAAAUAUUUCUCUUUUUAAUCGGACUUUUAUUAAUGAACGGUGAUGGUAAUUUUUUCUUCACUCUUGAUCAGUCCAUUCUUCACUAUGGGACGUUGGACCGGCAUGCAACAGUUUCUCGAAUAUUCGAAAAUCUCGACCGAGACUUUGUCUGUAUGAAAUCUCGUUCGACUCACACUCCGACACACUAACGACGUCUCAUCCAGCAAAACUGUUCGAUGAUUUUGUUAAUGUUUCCUUAAGAUUCGGUGUGUAUAUAACUCGAGCGUGUUAAACUCCGCGUAUUAACAAUAUGGCGGCCGCUCACAGAACGUGAAGUGUUUGGCGAACAACGCCAGGGCCCAACAACGUAAGACCCCGACGCGGGAACGCGCCGCAAUCUCUCGAUUGGUUCCCCAGAAAGGCGAAGGGAAAGGGUUGAAGCGUGAGCUCCGGAAUCGUGGGAGGUUGUAAAGACCUGAGGUCGGCAUGUAAGAGAGCCCCACGGCUCGUCCGGGGCCUAACAACCACGCGUCGAGGGGAGAUCGAUGAUGAUAAAUGCAGCGCGCUCGAACAAACGUACGUGAAAGAUCCGAGUGAAUUAGUUCCUACACGAACAUUUGUAUCGGGAGAAAAAUGCAGAAGUGCACCAGGUCGGAUUCGCUUGAGAUCAUGUAUAAGGAUGUUGUCAUCAUAGGAAAUGGCCCCAGUGGAAUAUGCUUAUCAUACAUGCUCGCCGGAAACUGGCCUUACUACACUGGCGAACCUCACCCGACCGACGAUAUGCUAACCGCGCGAUUGCGGUUCUGCUACGGAAUCGGCAAGGAGCGCGGCGGAGACGCGCCGGACGGAGACGCCACCAACACCGACCUGACCGCAAACAAGCAGCAUCAGUGCGGCAAAACGCGGGAAAGCGGACUGGCACACGGCACGCGCUACAAACUCGAAUGCCUGUCCGCCGGUAUAGAAGGUAGAGGCUCCGUUCGACCAAUAUCUCUUCUAAUGGAUCAGUUGCAGCAUCCGAGCGUAGACGCCGGUUUGGAUGUACCGUCGCUUUUGAAAUGGUGGCCCGCCGAAGGAGAUCCCGAACAUAGGGUGAUAGACCACGUUGUUCUCGGCAAAGGUCAACCUGGUGGCUCAUGGCAGUACAUGGAUCCUGAUGUCUUGACUCUCAGUCUGAGCCGGUGGAUGUCUCUUCCCGAUUUGGAUCUGAGAGACUGGGAAAAACUCGUCCAGGCUGAGCAGUUGGAAAGAUCGACUUCGGCCGCGGAUAAAGACGCGCAGCAGGAAACACUGAGCGUUCACAAGACGUCCAGUCGAGUUCCAGUGGGUACCGUAGCUGCUUAUUACAAAGAUUACGUGCACAGAAAGAAUUUGACGCAAUACUUCCGAUGCGGGACCACAGUCACUUCAAUUGAAUCACGCGAUUGCAAGAAAGGAUACAAUUGGGUCGUGUACGUAAAGAACGAUAACGGAGAUCGAUUUCAAUAUCGAUGUAAAAAAGUGGUUCUCGCGACUGGCACGACCGACUUAUCGAACCGUCUAGGUGUGCUGGGAGAGGAUUCAAAUUCCGAUUGGGUGAUACACAAUCUGAAAGAUCUGGAAACCAAAUUAUUAGAUCUGAUUAAUGAACAAGGCGAGGAGUCGAGUGAUGAAGCCACACCACCUGUGCUGGUAGUCGGAGCUGGUCUUAGCGCAGCCGACGCGAUUAUAGCGGCGCGUUGUCGCAACAUACGCGUGCUGCACGCGUUUCGCAGUUCUCCGCUCGAUUGGGACAAGGCGAGGGCUGAAAGGGUGACUACUUCCUACGAUCGCCUGCAGUCUUUACCGGAUUCCGUAUAUCCGGAAUAUCACAAAGUUUACGAAAUGAUGGCGGACGGAGGAAUAAAUUAUCCUUUAUAUCAGUCACUGCCGGGUUAUAAACUGGUCAGUUUCAAUAGGAACGACGGUGAUAGAAACUCGGUAGGAACGGUCGUCCUGUCCGAUCCACACGGCGUGCUGCACGUGUUUCAAGUGUCCUUAGCGGUUAUUCUUAUCGGGUACAAACCGGAGCUGUCAUUCUUGAAAAACAACGGCGUAGGUCUGGGUUGUGAUGAAGACAAACCGAUCGAUGGUAAAUCGAAUCCGAUCAAAGUCGAUAAUUACACGUACGAAGUGGUAAAAGCGCCAGCAAAAGGACUUUACGCGAUAGGACCUCUAGUCGGCGACAAUUUUGUUCGCUUUAUCUUGGGUGGCGCGUUUGUAAUUUUUUUCAAUAUUUUGAACACUCUACAGAGAUCUGACAGUCACUCCCACAAGCCAAUUGUGUCUUAGCGAACUUUGGUUUACAUAGAGAUGUAUCGACAAAACGGAAUCGUAUGAUUUCUCCCUUGCUCAAUUUGCAUUGAAAGAUCAAUCGUUUAAUUCUUAAUAUUUAUACGAAAGAACUUGCUGCAAAAAUCUGUUUGUACAAUUUGCACUAUUGAUAUUAUUUUUAUAUUUCUUUUUCUCACGCGCAAUCCAUGCGACAAGAGAAAACUUAUAUUUUUCUUGAGCGUACAUAAGUUCACAUUUAUGUAUAUACAUAAAUCCAAACUAUUUAAUUGUUUUGAAGUAUUUUCUUCAACGAGAAGCGAAGAACGGCGAGAGAUUGCUCAGUCUCUGUGUUUUCAAACAAUAAAAUCGCAUGUGGAAAAGAAGAUGACAAUUCAAAUGCUACGUCAGAUUCAUUGUGUUUUAAAAUUGCGUUUUGAGCUUUUUAACAUUCCAUUUAAUUAAGAAUUAACUUAACGAAGAUUAAGUAAGUUCUUUAUUGAUAAUAACACCUAUAUGUAAUAGGUAUCAUUUUGUUCUAAUAUAUUGCAUAAUUGUUUUUGUCAUUUAUAAAACUUUUUCACUUGUUGCAUUAUCGGCAAAUGCAUUUGUCAUUUUUUCACUUUAACACACACAAGAUAGAUAACAAAAAAUGAUUUUUUUUUUGUAGAAGUUUGUUAAUUAAAUAAGUCCAUCAAAGACCAUCUUAAUACUUAUCGAAUGUAUUUUUAACGUAGUAUCUCUACUCCGCCAUAAUAUACCUCUGCAUCUCUUAUAUACUAAUAAGCUGUGAUUACUUUAGCGGAAUACGCUUCAUUAUCAACAUAAACAUCACAUAUAAUGUAUUAUAUAUCAACAUAUAUAAUGUAUUAUAUAUAAUAACAUACCUUCCUAGAGUACAAACUGUUUCCACGAAACAUUUUUUAUUACUUAUGUUCACUUGUAAGUAGAAAUAAUGAUUGUUAUUUAUAUAUAAUUUGCGAUUUUAUUGUCGGAAUAAUAUUGUCAGAUUUCUUUAAUCUCAACAUGCGUGUGAAAUGCGACGAUUUUUAAUAUUUUUAUCACGUUUUAAAUUACAUGGACAUUUUUAUAUUGGAUCUUUUAACGAUACAAAAAUUAAGAACUUCUUUUAUGUGUUAUAUCAUCAAACACAUUCGUUGCGCAAAACUUUAUGAUAUAUCUCAACACAUGUAUUAUAACAGUAAGCCUAAUGCAUUGGACAUAACGUAUAACGCGUGUUACAACAAACAUGAGAUACACAUACCUGUAAAGUAAAAUAUAUUGUACAUAAGAAAGAAUUGGAACACAAUUUAUAACAUUUUAUAUAGUAAUAGUGACAUAAUACGUGAGAUUUUUAGAAGUUUUAUUGAUAGAAACAUUAGUUAAAUAAUGUUUACAGGGAUGAAACGUACGUAUAUAGAUAAGAAAAUUACUUAACAUGCGCAAUCUGUGAUAGAAAUUGUAAUGUUCAAGAAAUUGCAGUAAAAAAAAAAAAAAAAAAA